AUGUCGGAGUCGACGUCCAAGUCGACCGACGCCAGCAUUGCCGUCGCCGCGCAUCCCCUCCAAGACGCUGUCGCUGCGCCGACCGAGACCAAGGCUCAUGAUGCAAAGCCCGCCAAGUCCGAUCAGAGCUUCCUUCAUUCGCCGCCCGAUAGCAACGACACGGCCAAGUCGGACGCAUCUGACUCGGAAUUGAGCGACCUAGAGGACGAACCCAUUCUGAGCGAUGCGCCGCAGCCUGCGCCCGCCAGCGACAACGGCGACACCCAUAACGACGCCUGCGACGAUAUUGGGGAGGUGCUUCCGGACCACUGGUCUGGUACUGUUCCUGUCUUUAAGCCGACCAUGCACCAAUUCAAAGAUUUCAAACGCUUCAUGGAAGCUGUCGACAGCUAUGGUAUGAAGUCUGGUAUUAUCAAGAUCAUCCCUCCGGAAGAAUGGAAGGACUCUCUCCCGAAGCUCGACGAAUUGGUAAAACAAGUCAAAGUGCGAGAGCCGAUUAAGCAGGAUAUCAUGGGUUCCAACGGAACGUACCGUCAGGUUAAUAUUGUUCACGGCCGGUCGUACAACCUUCCUCAAUGGCGCCAGCUUUGCGAUCAGAGCGAACACCAGCCUCCAGCCAGACGUGGCGAACGACGUGCCAACGCCGAAAAGCCAAAACCACGGACCCGAGCGGCAGCGGCAGCGGCAUCUAACACUGCAGAUUCUGCGACUCCCAAGAAGCGAGGGCGAGGACGACCAGCCAAACGCGGAGCUAGAGGCAGACGUGCAAAGGAGGAACCAGAGGCCGACGAUGACCGCCCCAUGACCCCCGUUUCUCCUAAGCAGGAUCCUGCAGAAACUCAAGAACCACCAAUCCAAUCCAUCGAGAAGGACCCGGGCGUCGAGGAUGAUGAAGACUAUGAGCCCACAGUUGGUCGCAUGGGUUCCCGACAAGCAAAGGCGAAGACCCAAACAGUUUCAGCGCGGCGCAAGUACAGUCGCCGAGAAGGAUCCGCCAUGAUUGACGAAGCUGCAUUCAAGGACUGGGAUUACAAGAUGGAUAUUUCAGAAUACACCCCCGAGCGCUGUGAGGAGCUGGAGAGAGUAUACUGGAAGACGCUUACCUAUGCUCCACCUCUCUACGGCGCUGAUCUGAUGGGCACCCUUUUUGACGAAUCGACCGAGAUCUGGAACCUCAACAAGUUGCCUAACCUCUUGGACGUUCUCGGAACCAAGGUUCCAGGAGUCAACACGGCGUACCUCUACCUGGGCAUGUGGAAGGCGACCUUUGCUUGGCAUCUGGAGGAUGUUGAUUUGUACAGCAUCAACUACCUCCACUUUGGUGCUCCCAAACAGUGGUACAGCAUUUCCCAAGCGGACGCCCGUCGUUUCGAGGCUGCGAUGAAGAAUAUCUGGCCCGCAGACGCCAAGGCCUGCGAUCAGUUCCUGAGACACAAGGGCUUCCUUAUCUCGCCACAACAUCUAAAGUCGCAUUACAACAUCACAGUCAACAAAUGCGUUUCAUAUCCGGGCGAGUUCGUGGUCACAUACCCGUACGGAUACCAUUCUGGAUACAACUUGGGUUACAACUGCGCCGAGGCCGUCAACUUCGCGUUGGAUUCCUGGCUUGACAUCGGCAAGAUUGCCAAGAAGUGCGAGUGCGCCCAGGCGCAGGACAGCGUCUGGGUUAAUGUCUACGAGAUCGAGCGAAAACUGCGUGGCGAAGAGACAGAAUAUGAGGAAACAGAAGAUGAAGAGGACGAAGAGGAUGACGAUGACGAGAGGUCUGGCCUGCCCACCCCACCGUCAGGUUCUGGUGUCAAGUUCAAGGAGACUGGGCGAAAGCGAAAGCGUGGACCUGGCGAGAAGGGAGGCAAGGUCAAGAAGAUCAGACUUCGUCUCAGGACGAAAGCUGAGCCUCCUUGUUGCCUCUGUCCCAAUGAAGUCCCAACAGCCGAGCUGUUACCCACUGAUGAUGGCCGGAAGGCUCAUCGGACAUGUGCCCUCUAUCUCCCCGAGACGUACAUCGAUACUGUCGACGGGCAGGAGAUCGUUGCCAAUGUGGCAGGCAUUCACAAGGAUCGCCUUGAUCUCAAGUGCCUCUACUGUCGAUCCAGGCGCGGCGCAUGCUUCCAAUGCUCGCAAAAGAAGUGCGCCAGAGCCUAUCACCCGACAUGCGCGGCUGCAGCAGGUGUCUUUAUCGAAGAACAAGAUGUUCCUGUUUUUGGGGAAGACGGCACCGAAUACAAGGAGCAAGCAUUUGGAUUCAGCUGUCGAUUCCAUCGGACGAAGCGAGACAAGAAGUUGGAUGGAGAUGCACUGGAAGCCGAUUCACGUAUCCAGGCAGCAGCAGCUAAGCUUCGAAAAGGAGACACUUGCCAGCUGCAAUAUUUCAAAGGGGAAAUUUUCGCUGGUGUUGUUGUGGAAACCCGCCUCGAUGAGCAAACGCUGGUUCUUGAUGUUCUACCAAACGGCGAUCGCCUCGAGGUUGAAUGGAAGUGGCUAUUGCUGCCAGACCCUGCUGAUUACCGUUUGCCAAAGGCAUCAGCAAAGGCCAUCCCGAUGCCUACCUCGCAGAAGGACAAGGAGAAGCUGAAAACCAAGCGUCUCAGCGACAACAAGCCCCAGAAGGAUGAUCCGUUCGUCGAGGGCUUCACUUGGGCUGAUUUCCAGGUGCAUCCAGUCAGCAACAAGUUCCAGGUCAAGAUCGACUUCUCCAAGCCCGAUCAACUCUGGCACUACCUGGGCAAGACGUCGACCGAAGCCAAAGCCCAGUACACCGAGGAUCCUGCCAAACCCCGUCACAAUCCGAGGGGCAACUACUUGGAUACGCUUCCCAAGGAUCCUAAGCCGGCCAAGCCCCCGAAGGUGGCCCCGGUCAAUGUGCCGCGAUACACAUAUGCACCAGCAACUUCAUUCGGCGGCCCAUACCCUGCUGUCAGACCCGUUGCCCCUCCAGUUUCCGCCCGGCCAGAGAAGCCAUACGUCUACAAGCCGCGAAAGCCUGUCGAGGCCAACUUUGCUGCUGCUGCAGGUACCUUCACCACGCAGCGAUUCACCCCAACCGCUCCAGCGCCUGUUCCUACCCAGCAACCUCCUACCGUGUAUCAUCACUACUCGUACACACAGCCACAAGGGCGCCAGGCUCCAGCUCCACAUUCUGCCCAGAGGUUUGAAGUCAAGACUCCCCAGAGUUUCGCAAAUGGUGGACACUCAUCUGGUCCAUCUCGGCCCCCAGCGCAGCCUCAACACCACCAGUGGCAGCAUUCUGCUGCUCCCAGACCUGCAGCCCUAGCUCGAGCGCCUGCACCUGCGUCUGCACCUGCGCCUGCGCCUGCACCCGUGACACAGCAGCAAGCUAAUCAUGGAUACCCGCGUCCUCAACCCAAGCCAUCGUGGCAGGUUCAUACGUCAAUCUACCACAAGUACCCGUUCUUCCAGGUCAACCACAACAGGGACUCUACCAAGUACAAGACACCCUACGCAGCAUGGGGAGGCUUCACCAACGGAUACGAAGGCAACCUGAGAGCCCACAUCAUGGCCAACAAGGACGCUUUCCUCCAUCGCAACUCUCCUUACGGCCAGCAGCCGGCAGCUCCAGUAAGAAACCCGGCUCCACCGCAAGCAACUCCCAGCGCUGCUAGCGGUCAGAACCCCUUUUCAAAGCCACCAGUGUCCAAGCCUGCGGCCGCUGCCCCUCCGAUCCUGGGAAUCCUACCUCGUCCUGCUAUCAAGGCCCAGUAUCUGCCAGGUGCGCAGGCGCGUCCUGAAGUGGUUCAGCCUGUGCAAGCAGUCCAGCUUCCACAAGCUGUCCGGCCUCCACAAGCCGUCCAGCACCCGCAAGCGGUUCAGCCUCAGUCCACCGUUCAGCCUGCACAGGCUGCCCACUCGCCUAACCAGAGUAGCAAACCAAAGAUGGCACCUCCAGCCAAGCCGUAUAAGAUACCUCCCAAGGAGUCGCCAGUGCCGCUGCCGGCGAACUUCCUGGCGGCCAUGAGUUCGACUCAGAGUGCUCCCGCUACUGGAGCAACCCAGAAGUCACCAAAGGGUUCAGUCAUGAACAAGCAAACCCCAGUUCCGAUUCCCCAGCUGCCUGGAAUCCCCCCGAUGGCAUCUCAACAGCAGCCCGGUGUACAUCAGCAAGCAAUUUUGGAUCAAUCCUCUCGUGGAUCAACAAGGACCACCGCUGGGGCCUCUACGCGCCAACCUGCGGGAUCAGUACACAUUUCAAGUUCGACAAGCCCAACAUUUGCACCAACACACAAGCAAGUGCCCGCACACCCAGCGCGGCCUGCUGAACAUACUUUGCCGGAGCCAGUCCAGAAGGAAUCGAACGUACUCUCCAAGACUAGUCCCUACGAGCCUCAAGGGUUUCCAGACGUUCCAGGAUGUGAAUCUAUGGAGUUUGUCGAACGUCUCAUGAGCAACCUCCGCAAGGUCUCGCAGCGCGGCACCAUGAAUUAG